GCUCAACGCGGUAUCUUGCAACCAAAACAAUUGACCAGCUCGCCCGGUUGUUCGAGGCGGCGCAUUGCUGCUGCACAGCGGCUUGGCGACGCUCCCCCCACACCACAGACAACGCCGACACCGGUACCGCGAGAACCAGCACGAGCAUCGCGGAAGCAGCCAGCGGUUCUUCCUCAGAGAACAGCCAGUUUCGGUCCGACAAGCUCGCCGAGAGCGUUGCAAAUCACCUCGGCUCGGCGAGAAUGGGGGUUUCGCAGAUUGGGCCGGGCGGGGGGGGUAAUGGGGAGGGAGGCGUAUCCCCUCAGGGGCUAACGGCGUGGGUGUCGGAAAGGGCCCCCCUCUUGCACCACUGCCUGAGCACGUUUAUACACACGAGGUGCUUUCUUUACGGGGACGCCAGGAGCCUGGGGGUAGAAGCCCUGCCUUCGUGCGCGGCCAGCCUCCCGCCGUCGCUGGCCGUCUUCUCGCCUCCCCGGCCGCAGCAGCCGUCCUUCCUGCUGGACAGCCACCGGGCGGAAAUAUUUGGGCUGGCGCUGUCGACCAAGGCCCUGCAGGGGCCCUGGAUGAGGAUCUACAACAGCGAAGAGGACGGGUUGUCUUUUAACAGGGUAGCUUUUAAGCUUGUCGGGUACGGGGGUCCCACGGUGAUCUUGAUCCGCGAGAGAGAGUCCGGCGCCGUCUGGGGCGGCUGCGCCGACUCCCCCUGGAAGGAGAGCAACUCGUUCUACGGCGGAGAGGCGUCCUUUUUGUUUAGGUUGGCCCCGGACUUUAAGAUCAUCCCGCACAAAAUGGCCAGGCGAGUGCAGCGCAACCAAAACUUCCAGUACCUGAACCUCAAGGGCUUCAGCCUGCCGCACGGUUUCGGGAUGGGCGGUUCGACGGAGGCAUUCCGAUUCUUCAUCCCGGAGGCCCUGGACGACAAGUGCGUCGGGAGAAGCGCCUGCCUGACCUUUGAGCAGGGGGAGCUGUGCCCCGAACAGUCGCGACGCUUCGAGGUGGACAUCUUGGAGGUGUGGGGUGUGGGCGGCGAGAAGGCGGUGGGGGAAGCGCUGGAGGCGAGGGAUAAGCAGAGGGAAUACACUGCUGCGCAGAUCCACAAAGCAAGACAGGUGGACAAGUCCAAGUUCGCGACGAACGCCUUCGACAAGGAGUUCCUGCUGGGCAAGACGUUCGGCGGUAACGGGGGGCACUACAACCCUAACAAAGAUCGGCGCAAGGGAGAGCGCUGAAACUCCCACCCGAGCGCCGCGCGCUUUCUCUCUACGCCUUUCCCCGUGGGUUUGUGCGUGUCAGAGCUUUUGCUUCUGGUCUCCCUUUCGGAUAACCGCCAUUGUUGGAGUUGUGCGUCCUUCGGAGUCCCAUACGAGUUGUUUUGCGAUGGUUCGGCUCUCGUCAGUUAUGCGUAACGAUUUGGCACGUGCUUCCAUUUUCCAGUGAGGUGGUGGUCAUGAUAUAUCACGGUGUAGUGACAGAGAAAAAUCGCCUCGUGAUGUCGGGACCCGCGCCAUAAAAGGAAAGUCCCCGAAUAAAAGUUUUAUUGAGGUUGUUGUGCCAAAUUAUUUUAACCACGAUCUGUCAGCAACCGCGCUAUUCGGGAACCGCGCUAUUCGGGACCGCGAUAUAUCGGGGCCACUACAACACUGUAGGCGGAUGAUUUUUUUUUUUGUGCGUCCUUGCAACACUUGAGUAGGUUUCCCCGUCAACAGCUUUGGGUGUGUAUCGUGUCAAGAUUGUCGUGUGUUUCGUCGAGAGUGUGGUGUUCCGCCAAGAGCACAUCAGUGUGUACACAGGAUCAAAGGUGAGGUAGUCUCUUGGUGGAGAGCAAAAUACCGUGCCAGUUUGUACAGCCGCGGAGAAUGCGAAGACUGCUUCCCACACGAGCAUCGAAUGUUGGUGUCGCUCAGAGCACCUUUGCCUUGCGGCCCUGUCCGAAGGAAAUCUCCAGCGUUAAUUUUAUUUAGUGUUUCUGCUCAAAAGGGUUUUUGCCAAGUGGUUGAUCGGUGACGUGUCGCACCCCAGCCGUAUCAACGAGCCGGCCGCACAAGCCUUACCAAGUCUAGCGCCGGACAAAGACGUCACGCACUGGACGUUGGACGUCGAUUGGAAUCGUCAACAACUGGCCCGAGCACCCUCCUUCAAUGUCGUCGAACACAUGGGCAUCACGCGCCUUUUUUUUCACAUCACAAGCGUUCGUUCUGCUGCGGAAUCCAGGGCAUGCCCUGAGUGUUCGUGCCUCGCCGAGUUGUCCUUCGAUCUCAAGAUGGUCAUGUAGUAUGUUGCUCUUGCCAUUUUUCGAUCUCGUCCCAUACGA